UGCAGUUGUAUUUACUAUAGCGUUGUUGUGCCCCUAUAUGUGUAUCGUAUUAUUUCGCAAACAAUUUAGCAAUAUAAUUAUAUUUUUCUUGCCAAAAUGGCUCAAAAUGAAUUCAACACUUUCCGAAGUUAUGUUAAUAUAUUAAGUGAUCCAUCAGCUAAAGAGGAAAUUAAGUUCAAAGCAGCGCAAGAACUAAGUGAACAUUUUGAGCUUAUUAUACAAAGCCCUUCAUACCCAGCAUUUUUAGAACUCGCAUUAAAAGUGUUCAUACGGAUAUUACAAGAUGGGGAACCUCAGUUUAUACAAGAAAACAGUUCUCAACAUAUACGAAAGUUAAUAUUGGAAAUGGUUCAUCGACUACCUAUCAGUGAAAAUUUACGCCAACAUGUAAAGCCUAUAAUAUCAGUUAUGCUCAAGAUUCUUCGGAGCGACAAUGAAGAAAACGUUCUUGUUAGUCUGCGAAUUAUAAUUGAAUUGCAUAAACAUUUUCGUCCAUCAUUUAAUCCUGAGGUUCAACACUUCCUUAUAUACGUGAAGGAUAUAUAUACAGAGUUGCCAAACCAUAUGAAUAAAAUAUUCGAGCAGAAGCAGCAACCGAUGCGAGUAAAAGAUCUAAAGGAACUAAAUAUUGACCAUCUGCUGUCUAUUACUUAUGCUCCUAGGGUCAUACAUGUCGAAAAUAUGCAAGAAUCCUCACCACAAGUAUUUAAUCUUUUGCCUAAAGGAGUUUUGUCAUUAAGAGUAUUACAGGAGUUGCCCAUUAUCGUUGUUUUAAUGUACCAGAUAUAUAAAACUGCAGUUCACCAAGAAGUUUCCGAGUUUAUUCCUUUGAUUAUGACUACAAUCAAUUUACAGCCAUCCGCGCAGCAAAGGAACUCUGCGGAUCUUAAUAAAGAAAUAUUUGUUGAUUUUAUGGGCGCUCAGGUGAAAACAUUAUCCUUUUUAGCCUACAUUGUUAGGAUAUUUCAGGAUUUGAUACUUACACAUUCAGCAUCAGUUACAAAUGGAAUGCUUAGUCUGAUGGAAUUGUGUCCUAAAGAAGCAGCUCAUUUAAGGAAAGAAUUGUUAAUAGCUGCACGACACAUUUUCGCAACGGACUUACGGCAAAAAUUCGUGCCUAUAAUAGAAAAGCUUUUCAAUGAAGAUCUCUUAAUUGGAAAGGGAGUUACUUUGGAAUCUAUUAGACCGUUAGCAUAUUCUACUUUGGCGGAUUUGGCCCAUCAUGUUCGGCAGAGUCUGUCUUUGGAUGUGCUUGAAAAAGCAGUAAAUUUGUUUUCAAAAAACGUUCACGAUGAGUCUCUGGCAACUGGUAUACAAACCAUGUCUUGUAAAUUGUUGCUAAACCUAGUGGACUGCAUCAGGCAGCACAGUGAAUUGGAUGCAAUCAAAGCAAGAAAUAUAUUGAUAUCCUUGUUAAAAGUUUUCGCUUACAAAUUCAAAACAAUAGCGAAAAUUCAAUUACCUACAAUUAUACAAAAGUGGAAGAACCAAAUUUCUGUACCGGCUGCGAAUUUGUCACCAAGUUCUUCAAGUACCCAAAGUACCAACGGGUUUAACGACUUUAAAGAUGGAGGUGGUGAAAAUGGUUCGACGGAUCAAGCCAUGAAAAUGAGUCUCAUUGGAAAUCAAUGGUUAUGCCCUGCCAAUAUAGUAGAGUAUCGAGGUUUAGUAAAAACUUUGGUUGGCGGUGCUAAAACAAUAACAUGGGGAUUCAUAAGCUCCAAACCCGUGUUUGCCGAUGUUGUUAAAACCAAUCAGGAAAAAUUAUUUGACUCUAGUGAGCUGAAAAUAUAUAUUGAUUUAGUUUAUUGGGCAAUGGAAGCUUUGGAUAUAUACACAAUAAGUACGGCUAAUACCAACCAGCAGAGGUCAUCAAAUCAAGGACCAAGAACAAAGGAAGAGAAAGAAGUUCUGGAGCACUUUAGUGGCAUUUUUCUAAUGAUGCAUCCACAAAACUUCCAAGAAGUUUUCGCCACUACCAUUGACUUUAUGGUUGAAAGGAUUUCUAAAAAUUCAUCGCUUCAAGUCGUGGCAAAUUCAUUCCUCGCGAACCCAACUACUUCGCCUCUUUUUGCGACUGUGCUCGUUGAAUAUUUGCUAGGGAAAAUGGAUGAAAUGGGUUCAAAUAUCGAACGCUCAAAUUUAUACUUGCGAUUGUUUAAAUUAGUAUUUGGAAGUGUUAGUUUAUUUCCAGUAGAAAAUGAACAGAUGCUACGUCCACAUUUACAUAACAUCGUCAAUAGAUCAAUGGAACUGGCUCUGACAGCUGAAGAGCCAUAUAACUAUUUUCUGCUCCUACGUGCGUUAUUUAGAUCGAUUGGCGGAGGAAGCCAUGACUUAUUAUAUCAAGAGUUUCUCCCGUUACUGCCGAAUUUAUUAGAAGGCUUGAAUCGUUUACAGAGUGGCUUUCACAAACAGCAUAUGAAAGAUCUCUUCGUUGAGCUCUGUUUGACUGUACCUGUCCGGUUGUCCUCUCUUUUGCCAUAUCUACCGAUGCUUAUGGAUCCUUUAGUUUCUGCUCUCAAUGGAUCGUCAACUUUAAUAAGUCAGGGAUUGAGGACAUUAGAACUUUGCGUCGACAACCUUCAACCAGACUUCUUAUAUGAUCAUAUUCAGCCGGUACGCGCGUCAUUAAUGCAAGCACUGUGGCGCACGCUAAGAAAUCAAGACAAUGCUGCUUUAGUAGCUUUUCGCGUGCUGGGCAAGCUUGGUGGUGGAAAUAGAAAAAUGAUGACUGAACCUCAGACUUUGCAGUUUAGAGAAAACGAUGCUCUACCCACAGCCGUCGUAACAUAUUUUCAAGAUCACGAUAAACCGAUUGAUUUUCCGGUUGAAAAGGCAAUUGAAACUGCUUUUACUGCCCUUAGCUCUAAUACGACUGAUGCGUUUUAUAGAAGACAAAGUUGGGAAGCGAUACGCUGUUUCAUAGCAGCAUCUAUCAAUCUCGACGAUGAUAAAUAUACAUUGCAGAAAUUAUUCACUCAUAAUAGCUUUACCGAAGGAAAUAUAAUGAUUUCCCCAAUAAUUCAAAGUAAGCUUGAGGAAGAGCAUUCACGCAAAACUCACCAGAUAGCACUAACAGGAAUGCUGGUAGCUUCUGCAACAAAAGAUCUUCGGGAAUCAGUUUUUCCUGUUAUGGUAGCCGUUGUUCGGCACUACACUAUGGUGGCAAUAGCGCAAGAGGCCGGGCCGUUUCCAUACAAGCACUACCACAGCUCGCAAGGAGUUGACCCACUUGUCCUGAUCGAUGCCCUCUCGAUAUGCAUGGGACAUGAAGAGAAAGAAUUAUGCAAGCCCGGUCACCUCUGUAUGGAACUGAUUUUGGAGACCGCAAGCACAAUUAUGGGCACGAAAGAAAGAGCAUGCCGUCUGCCUUUGAUUCAAUAUCUGGUAGAAAAAAUGACUUCACUCUGUUAUGAGCGACCGUGGUACGCGAAAGUGGGUGGAUGUAAAGCAAUACAGUUUUUAUAUCAACACAUGUCAUUGAAGUCUCUAUAUCAACACCUUUUCACAUUUUUAAAAGCAUUUUUGUUCGUCUUGAUGGAUUUGGAAUGUGAAGUGUCUAGCGGCGCAAUCGAUGUGGCUAAGACCAAUCUUAGAAACAUGCUUAAAUUAUGUAUGGUUCCUCUUGAAAAUGAAAGCAAUAACGAAGAAGUAAUCACAUUCCAAAAUAAAGCAAUGUAUGAAAUUGUUCACGAACUCGUUCGGCAAGUGACUAGCUCCAACGCCUUGGUUCGUGAAGAAGCUAUGGGUUCGCUUAAUUUUAUUGCCAAAUUACAAAGGAAAACUGUGUAUGAGAUAAUGGACCCGCACAAAGAAGUUUUAGCUGAUAUCAUACCGCCGAAGAAACACUUACUGAGGCAUCAGCCAGCGAACGCUCAAAUUGGCUUAAUGGAAGGAAACACAUUUUGCACCACACUUGAGCCUAGACUUUUUACAAUAAAUCUUACCAAUAAUUAUCACCGAUUGUUUUUCCAUGAGCUACUAACUCUAAGCGAGGCCGAAGAUGCCACUCUCAAUAAGUUGGAUUGUUAUAAAAAUGUCCCAAAUCUCAUACCACUGCGAAAGAGUGCUUUGAAGGCAUUAGCUGCCUGCCAUUACAUAACUGAUAGCCAAUGUAAAGAAAAAAUCAUCAAUAUUCUUUUUAAAGUAAUGGAAAGCAACAAAGAGGAGUUGCAGGAAGCAGCAUUUAACUGUACCAAAGUUUUCAUUUCUGGAAUUCAUAUUGAUAAGGAAAAGGUACAUGCUGGGAUGCGGCCAUUACUUCUAACUUUGGGUGAUCAUCGGAACCUAUCUUUAACAGCAACGAAAAGACUCUCAUAUUUCACACAAUUAUUUCCACAAAUGUUUAAUGAAAAACUAAGUGAACAAAUAUUACAACAUUGCCAGAAGAUUUUAGAAAUGUCUAUAUCUUCACAUAAAUCAAGUACCAAUCAAGGGGGCAACUUUUUCACGAUUGCCAAACGUGAUGAAUAUGAACAGAAGGUUGUAACUCUUAUAGAGAUGUUUCAUCAGAUAACAGCAGCAUCGCCAAAAUAUAUUGAUAGUCUUUGUCAGCUUGUGUUAAAAACUGAAAAAAGCUUAAUGAUCGAAUCAUCAAGUCCGUACCGUGAACCUCUGGUGAAAUUUUUACUUCGCUUCCCUGCCGAAACCGUGGAUCUUUUUCUUUCUGAUGGCGUAAUCAUAAACUCCCAAUGGAAUAGAUUCUUUAUAUAUUUAUUAAAACAUAGAGGUGGUCAAUCAUUCCGAAAUGUUGUAAAAGCACAAAAGUGCAAUGUUUUGGUUAAACUUAUAAAUGGCGCGUUAAGCUUGAACCCACAAUUUGAUCAAUCACAAAAAUAUGAAGCUCAACAUCAGGCAGUGCUGUUAGUGUAUACAAUUAUGGAUAUGGACGAUCAGUGGAUUCCCACACAAACGGACAUUGUGUUAGCGUUGAAAAAACUAUGGGAGACAAGUUUGUACAGCACAUGUGAGGACAAUGUCACCUGUGAUUUAUGGCACUUAGUUGGGAAGAUAUUACUACUUUAUUUUUCCCAUAACACCAAUGACAUCGAUUUGCUAUUUCAACUGUUACGAGCGCUUUGUUUGCAUUUUAUACCGGACUUCCACUUUUUAAGAGAAUUUUUACAAAAUACUGUAGCUCAAAGUUACACUGUACACUGGAAGAGAAAAGCAUUUUUCCACUUUGUUGAUAAAUUUAACGGCACUGCUCUUUCCGAAGAUCUUAAGGCAAAAAUUAUAACAGCGGUGCUUAUACCCUGUUUCGUUGUAAGCUUCGAUAAAGGCGAGGGGAAUAAAUUGAUAGGGGCACCACCGGCUUCAUAUACUGAUGAUGAAAACAAUGUUGUGUCUGUAUUCAUUAGCAAGGUAUUUGACCCCGACAAACCGUAUGCCAAUGAAGAUGCAGUUAGAAUUGCGUUACUGCAAUUUGCUUGUUUACUUGUGGAAAGAGCUUCACAACAUAUCCAUGACGGCGAUGCUAAUAACAAACGACAAGGCAAUAAGCUUCGCCGGCUCAUGACUUUUGCUUGGCCUUGCUUACUUAGUAAAAGCUCCGUGGAUCCAACAGCCCGAUAUCAUGGACAUCUUCUUCUGGCUCAUAUAAUUGCUCGUUUGGCCAUACACAAAAAGAUUGUGCUUCAAGUUUUUCUUUCCUUGCUAAAAGGACAUGCCCUUGAGGCUCGACCAGUCGUUCGUCAAGCGCUUGACGUCUUAACUCCGGCGAUGCCACUUCGAAUGGAAGACGGCAAUACUAUGCUAACGCAUUGGACAAAAAAAAUUAUUGUUGAAGAAGGGCAUCUAAUGCAGCAACUGUUUCAUAUACUUCAAUUGAUUGUACGCCAUUAUAAGGUAUAUUACCCCGUACGACAUCAUUUAGUACAGCAUCUUAUAAAUUAUAUGCAACGACUUGGGUUUCCCCCCACUGCAUCAUUGGAGCACAGAAAACUCGCAGUAGACAUCGCUGACGUAAUAAUAAAAUGGGAAGGACAGCGUAUCAAAGACGAAGAGAAAGAUACAAAAGUGGAGGAUAUAAAUCAAGAUGGUGAUGAUACCAUCUGUGAUAGCACAAAUAAACGAACGUCUGAUGAAAUUACCUCACAACGCAAAAAACCCGUCGCUACAGAUGGAUCUCGGAGUUCAAUAAGUCAAAGCCCUUCUGGUGUAAAUCAGAGUCAGAAAAUAGAUGACGCUUUCCGAUCGAUAGAAAAAACCCAUUGUGACACAGUUCUCAAUUUUCUCAUACGGCUAGCAUGUCAAGUAAACGAUAAUCAGCCCGCAGUUAUUUCUCCUGGCGAGGGAUUGUCGCGCAAAUGCAUAAUGCUAUUAAAGUCAGCAAUGCAAAAUAAAUGGCCUCAGCCGUUCGAACUUAAAUUAAACUGGAUGGAUAAAGUAUUUAUGACCAUUGAAACUCCCACGCCGAACCUGAGUAAUAUUUGCACUGGUUUGGAUUUUGUUACAUUUUUAACAACAAUUUUGCCACCCGAUCAAUUGCUCUCCACUAUAAGGCCAAUUCAAAGAGGACUCUCCAGCUGUAUAAUACACCAGAAUACACGAAUUGUUCGUCUUAUGCAUGCAUUUCUCACUAGACUUAUGAGUCUUUUUCCACCAGAUAUUAAUCAUAAACACGAAGAUCUUGACAUAUUAUAUAACGCUAUAAGCAAAAUGAUCUCGGACAAUUUAACAUUAUAUGAAAAAAGUCCUCAACCUAAUCCACCAUCAUUAUUUGGAACUCUAAUGAUAUUAAAGGCUUGCUCUUCCAACAAUGCAAGCUAUAUAGACCGACUCAUGUUGCAAUUUAUUCGAGUUUUAAAUAGGUUGACAAAGGAUCACUUGAAUACGCAAGGCAAUGGGCAACCCGUUGCAUCCAGUACGGACAGCAGUCAUAUAUCUUUGGAAUUGUUAGUCCUUUCAUUGGAUUUGAUAAAAAAUCGAAUAAUUAUUAUGGGCGUUGAGGUGCGAAAACUAUUCAUUGGAAAUAUUCUUGUAAAUCUUAUUGAGAAAAGCUUAGAUGUUAAAGUUUUGAAGUCUAUAAUAAAAAUGCUAGAUGAAUGGAUAAGAGCAAAGGAACAAAAUCCUAUAAUGCAGAUACCCUCUAUACGAGAAAAAUCGAUCUUGCUGGUGAAGCUUAUGCAGUAUUUAGAAAAAAAGUUCUCAGAUGAAACGGAACUCAAUAUACAAUUUUUGGAGAUCGUAAAUUAUAUAUACCGAGACGAAUAUUACAAGCAAACUGAACUGACGGCUAAACUUGAAGGCGCAUUUUUAACUGGUCUGCGUUGCCAAGAUCCACAGAUAAGAUCCAAGUUCUUUGAAAUUUUGGAUGCAUCAAUGAGGAGAAGGCUUCAUGACCGACUUCUUUACAUUAUCUGCUCACAAGCUUGGGACUCUAUUGGUACUCAUUAUUGGAUAAAACAGUGUAUUGAACUUUUAGUUUUGACUACCAACACAAUGACCCAAAUUCAAAAUUCAAGUGAGGCGCACAAGGUGCCAAGUAUCAAAUCGGUAAUUAAUCUCGCUGAAGGCCAGGAUAAAAGCAGUUUCGUAAUUUACACGUCUUCUCAUAGUGAAUGCUUUGAUGCCAUGCAAGUUGAAGAUAAAGAAGAUGUUUUUGACAACGAUCUUGAAUCAAGUUGGAGUGUAAACCGUAAUAAUGAAAAUGAUAAAGAGGUGCCAAAACGUAAACUACACCUUCUCAUAAAUAAGCAGAUUGAAUUUUUAGAAGCAAAUCGUAAAAUCAAUACGGAACAGUUAAUUAUAGCUAUUGCUCAGUUGUGUCACAUGGACAUACAACUCGCCGAAAAUGUGUGGCUAAUUAUAUUUCCACGGUUGUGGGCAAUCUUCGAUGAGGAGCAGCAACAUUUAAUUUCAAGGGAGCUGGUUCCAUUUCUUUCCUCUGGCAGCAAUGUCGUACAAAAGGACUGCUAUCCCAGUGCACUUAACACUUUUGUAGAGAGUUUGAUGCAAUGUGAUCCUCCGAUAUAUAUUCCACCUAAUUUAAUGACGUAUCUUGGGCGAGCACACAAUCUAUGGCAUCGUAUGACUUUAGUCUUAGAAGAACUUCAUCAUGGAACUAGAAGAAUAUCUCCCGACACUUCCGAAGUGGACCAUCAUGAACCAUUUUCUCCGAUGAAGAAAAAUGUAGUGUACGAUUCACUUUCUCAAAUGUAUGCCACCAUGCAAGAAGAGGAUCUUUGGGCUGGUUUAUGGUUGAAAUAUGCACACUAUCCAGAAACGAAUAUUGCUAUAGCUUAUGAACAAAUGGGAUUUUUUGAGGAAGCUCAAGGAGCUUACGACUUGGCAAUGUCGAAGUUCAAACAUGACCAAGCUAAUGGAUUGAUUAACACUGAUGUUAACAGUGAAUUGCUUCUAUGGGAAAACCAUUGGAUACGCUGUGCGAAAGAACUGAACCAGUGGGAUAUUUUAUUAGAUUAUGCUCAAACAAACAAGGAAAAGAACAUGUUUCUUAUACUUGAAAGUGCAUGGCGCGUUCCGGAUUGGAAUUUAAUGAAAACUGCUAUUUCUAAAACAGAGCAAUCUUUUGCAAAACAAUUCGGCUAUAAGAUUCACUUGUACAAAGGCUUUUUGGCUAUAUUGCAUCAAGAAGAUCGUCAGCUCUUAAAUGUUGAAAGGCACAUAGAAAACGCAUCGGCAUCAUGCAUGAAAGAAUGGCGAAAACUGCCAUCCAUUGUUUCCCAUAUACAUUUGCAGUAUCUACAGGCGGCGCAACAAAUAAUGGAAUUACAUGAGGCAAGCACUAUACAUCAAGGCUUAGUUCAGUCCCGAAAUACUUCUAUCCACGAUAUGAAAGCUAUUGUCAAAACGUGGCGAAAUCGAUUGCCUGUAGUUGCGGACGAUUUGUCUCACUGGAGCGAUAUAUUUACAUGGCGACAACAUCAUUACCAGAUAAUUACUCAGCAUCUGGAACAACAAUCAGACCAGGGUAAUACCAUGCUUGGAGUACAUGCCUCUGCACAAGCAAUAAUUUACUUUGGAAAGAUAGCCAGAAAACAUAACUUAACUGGGGUUUGUCAGGAAACUUUAUCUCGAAUAUAUACCAUACCCUCAGUGCCGAUUGUGGAUUGUUUCCAGAAAAUACGGCAGCAAGUGAAAUGUUACUUGCAAAUGGCAGCUUCUUCGGGAAAAACUGAAUUAAAUGAGGCACUUGAAGUAAUUGAAUCCACCAACUUGAAGUACUUCACAGGAGAAAUGAAUGCAGAAUUCUAUGCCCUUAAAGGACUACUUUUAGCACAAAUUGGCCGUUCUGAAGAAGCGGGCAAAGCAUUCAGUGCAGCUGUGCAACUCCACGAUGGACUGACCAAAGCCUGGGCCAUGUGGGGUGACUAUAUGGAGCAGAUGUUCCUUAAAGAUAGACAAAUGGUAUUUGCAGUUAGUGCAAUAACUUGCUAUUUGCAUGCUUGUCGUCAUCAAAAUGAAAGCAAAACGAGAAAAUAUUUGGCAAAAGUAUUGUGGUUUCUCUCCUAUGAUAAUACAAGUGGCACUCUCAUGAGUACUUUGGAAAAAUAUGUGGUUGGAGUGCCUCCGUCGUAUUGGCUUCCAUGGAUACCUCAACUCCUUUGUUGUUUGGUGCAGUACGAAAGCAAUGUUAUUUUGAACCUUUUAAGUCAUGUAGGACGUUUAUAUCCUCAAGCCGUUUACUUUCCGAUCCGAACUUUGUAUCUAACAUUAAAAAUUGAGCAAAGGGAAAAACAUAAAACCGCUGAGCAGGCCGGAUUCAUUGGAAAACUUCAAACACCGGUACUCGAGAACCAAAAUAGUGGGCAAGCAAUGAAUACUCAAACCAAUUCCGGAUCAACCGUUAAUCCAAUUAAAGCAACUCCUUCGAUGUGGCGUUGUUCAAAAGUAAUGCAUGUUCAACGCGAAAUUCAUCCAACAAUUCUCAGCUCCCUAGAGGGGAUCGUGGACCAGAUGGUUUGGUUUAGAGAAAGCUGGACCGAGGAAGUACUAAGGCAAUUACGACAAGGCUUAAUUAAAUGCUAUGCGAUUGCAUUUGAAAAUAGAAGUGCCGUCAAUGAUGCGACAAUUACGCCACACACUCUGCACUUCGUGAAAAAAUUGGGAUCAACAUUCGGUAUUGGUAUCGAGAAUAUACCGGGAUCCGUUGCAACUUCUGCCUCGAAUUCAGCAGCAUCUGAGUCUAUUGCGCGUAGGGCGCAAGUUACCUUUCAAGACCCCGUAUUUCAAAAAAUGAAGGAACAGUUUACGAAUGAUUUCGAUUUCUCUAAGCCAGGGGCUAUGAAAUUGCAUAAUCUUAUUUCAAAAUUAAAAACAUGGAUAAAAGCUCUGGAGGCUAAAGUGAAAAAACUUCCCACAUCUUUUCUCAUUGAAGACAAAUGUAGGUUUUUGUCAAACUUCAGCCAAAAGACAGCAGAGGUUGAAUUGCCUGGAGAAUUACUCCUGCCAUCCUCUUCGCAUUACCAUAUACGCAUUGCAAGGUUCAUGCCACGUGUGGAAAUCGUUCAAAAAAACAAUACGGCGGCAAGACGAUUGUAUAUUCGUGGUACCAAUGGAAAGAUUUAUCCUUAUUUGGUAGUUAUAGACACUGGAUUAGGCGAUGCCCGAAGAGAAGAGCGCGUACUGCAAUUAAUGCGAAUGCUUAACUAUUAUUUAGAGAAACAAAAGGAGACUGCUAGACGAUUUCUAAAUAUGACGAUUCCAAGAGUGGUACCAAUAUCGCCGCAAAUGCGCUUAGCUGAAGACAAUCCAACUAGUAUUUCUUUAAAAGAGAUUUAUAAGAAGUGUUGCUUAAAACUAAAAAUUGAUCACGACCUGCCGAUCGUCAAGUAUUACGACCGCCUCUCGGAAGUGCAGUCGCGAGGUACUCAAACCACCCAUACAGUAUUGUGUGAUAUAUUUUGUGAAGUUCAGACUACUAUGAUUCAAAGUACGCUGUUUAAAAAGUGGGCUCUCAAUAGAUUUCUUUCAUCCACUGACUUCUGGCAAUUCAGAAAAAUGCUAACUUUGCAGCUGGCGCUUGCGUUCUUGUGCGAACAUGCCCUUCACUUGACAAGAUUGAACGCGGAUAUGAUGUAUAUUCACCAAGACUCAGGUUUGAUGAAUGUCUCGUAUUAUAAAUUUGAUAUUAACGACGAAAAGGAAGAACUUGAUUCUAAUCGGCCUGUACCGUUCCGACUAACACCGAACAUUGCUGAAUUCGUAACAAAUAUUGGAAUAACUGGUCCCUUGUCAGCUGCAAUGGUGGCCACUGCACGGUGCUUUGUUCAGCCGAAUUAUAAGCUGUGUUCGAUUCUAAAAGCCAUACUCAGAGACGAAAUAAUUGCUGUCCAAAAAAAACGCAUCCGAGAUAAUAAACUUGUGGAGCCUAUAACAGACUCUGCGCUUGAUAUAAACGCAAUGGAUAACACCAUCAGUUUGGUUAAUAAGGCAGUCGCAGUAAUAAUGUCACGACUGAAUGCAAUUUCAUAUUUUGAUAAUACCGAAUCUAAAAAAGUGUCGAUUUUAGUACAGUCUGCAAUUAAUCCAGACAAUUUAUGUCGCAUGGAUCCAGCAUGGCAUCCAUGGUUAUAAAAAUGUAAGAAUUUUAAUCUAACAAGUCUAAUAAUUACAAAAUAAAAAUGCCUAUACAUUUAAAUAAAUAUAUAUUUACUCGUAGUAUGUAAA